AUGAAUAUUAGGACCAGAAGUGCAGUUCUAGUCGUUAUCGGCGACAUUGGCCGUAGUCCACGGAUGUGUUACCAUGCAAAAUCAUUAGCAGAUAAAAACUGCUUUGUCCAGCUUGUUGGAUAUAUGGAUUCGCAACCACAUCCCACUAUAUUCAAACAUCCUAAUAUUAAAUUUUUGCCUCUUCGUUCGUUGCCAAAAAUUGUUGAUGGAUUGAAAGGGACUUAUCAGAAAUUGCUUCUGGCGGUUAAAUUUUUGUGGGUAUUCCUCACGCUAUUUUUCACGUUGUUACUUCAUGUUAAAUGGCCAGAGUUAAUUAUGAUGCAGAACCCACCUGGAGUACCUGCCAUGUUUGUUUGCUGGCUGGCUGCAAAAUUGUACCGGGCUCAAUUCAUUAUUGAUUGGCAUAAUUACACUUAUUCUAUUCUAUGCCAAACAUAUUGUAUCAAUGAAAGUGAUCUUCAUCUUCGUAGCGCCUCGGGUGGCAGCCAGUCGGUUGCACAACCCGGUGAAAACAUCUCUGCAUACACAGCCACCGAUUUAAAACGAAGGCGAGCGGUCAGGGUAGAUCGACCGGUGCACGGAGUGACUGCUGUAACUUCAAAAAGAAAGAAAUGGAACAAUGACAAAAAAUCAGGACGUAUUAUUCGGCGGGCGAUAGAGGGAAUUCAUUUUUGGGAAGGUUUUUUUGGAAGGCGGGCAGACUUGAAUUUAUGUGUUACUCAUGCAAUGCGUGAGCAUAUGAUUAGCGAGUGGAGUAUCCGUCCCGCAACAGUCUAUGAUAAACCUCCCUCUUGGAAGUUUAAGAUUCUGGACGUUGAACAGCGCCAUCAGCUGUUUUGGCGGUUGAGUCAGUCUGUUAGUGAUUUUGCGUCUUUCAAAUCUCCUGUUAAUGAGGCAAACGAGAAUGAAGCAACUUGUUUUUCAUUUCGUGAUGCUAAUGGUGUUGCUCACUUACGUUUGAAUCGCCCCCUUUUGUUGAUAUCUUCGACCAGUUGGACGGAAGACGAAGAUUUUAGUUAUCUUUUCGAUGCUCUGCGUGAAUAUGAUAACGUUGUUCAGCUUUCUUCAGGAACUAAUCCAGUGACACGCUUGCCGUUUAUGAUCUGUGUCAUCACAGGCAAAGGUCCUAUGAAAGAUUAUUAUCUUAGUCGUAUUGAAAAGGCUGAAAUGCAAAAUGUUGUUGUUGUGACCCCUUGGAUGAGAGCAGAAGAUUAUCCGCUGCUCUUGGGAAGUGCAGAUAUCGGGGUUUCUCUGCAUACUUCAACUUCUGGUCUUGAUUUACCAAUGAAGGCAUUAGACAUGUUUGGAAGUGGUUUACCUGUUAUUGCCAAGCGUUUUCCUGCCGUAAAUGAGCUGAUAAACGAAGGCAUUAAUGGUUGUUUAUUUGAUACUUCGACGGAACUUUUCAACAUCCUCAAGUCUUUAGCAUGCGGUUUUCCACAACAUUCAACACAGCUAAAUACCUUGGCUUUGAAUGUUUCAAAAGAGCCUAAAAUAUCGUGGGAUGUAAACUGGGACGCCUGCGUAUGGCCUUUGAUACGAGGUUCCCAGGCUGGCUUGUCGGAUAAACGAGCGCAUCGUGAAAGUUAUGUGGCUACUAAAGAUGGCAAAAGCAACUCAGACACCUGUAAAAAAGAAGUGGAUGAGAAGAAACUUGACAGAGUUGAAGAGAACGUGAAAACCGUUGCUACAGGAAAAGAAAUUCAGUCGGAAACUUCAGAAACUAAUUUGCAGGAAAUGGAUGCAGAAAAUAAUGCAUUUUGA